AUGGCCAUGGAGCUGAGAGCCCUGAUCCUGCUGCCCCUCUGCUUCCCAGGUCUCCAAGGCCAAACCCCCGAAGCCCAGAGACGACGGGAAGGGGACACUCUGCACAUCCAGUGUUCUUAUGCAGCGUGGACUACUGACCAGAACACAAAAUAUUGGUGCCUCUGGAAAGAUGGAAAAUGUCAAGAACUAGUGCACACACACUAUGAAUACACGCAAACAUCCAAAGAUGGGAGAACUCAAAUAAAGGAUGACACCACUAAUAAGACUGUGUCCAUCACCAUGACUAACCUCAAGGCAGAUGACUCAGGCAGAUAUUUCUGUGCUUACCAUAUGUACUACAAUAAAUACGUACCGAUAAGGAUGAUCUCCCUGAAUGUUUUCAAGGAGCUGCUCAUGUGGGAGUUGGACACCCUGUCAGUGCAGUGCCCGAACAGGUAUGGCAUGGUCUGGUGCCAGAGAAGGCAGACUGGCUGCACAGUCCUGGUGGAGAGACCAACAUCUUCAAGAAGAACUGAAAUUAAACCCCUGCAAGACAGAGCAUCAAUUGAGUAUAAUGCUCAAGGGACUCUCACUGUCACCAUGAAGAAGCUGCAGACCAGGGACUCUGGUGUGUACUGGUGUGCACUGGACUCUGGGCUCACCCGGACAUCGGAGGUCAUGCUGUCUGUGUUCAAGAGGACGCAGCGGAGCACUGCCAAGGAGUCAGGACACAUCUCUGUCCAGUGUCACUACAAGAUCGCAGACUACAGGGCUGUCACCAAAGCCUGGUGCAAAAUGGAGGGGGAAAUGUGUAACGUGCUGGUCACCAGCAGCUCGGAGCCCCCAGCAGAAAACGGCACGGCUCGGGAAGGUGUCAGGAUGCAGGAUGACAGCCAGCAGGGCAUUGUCACCGUCACCAUGGAGCAGCUGCAGCUGCAGGACUCGGGCGUGUACUGGUGCGCGCUCCUGGAGCUCUCCGGUCUGUCCCGCGUGGAGGAGGUCACGCUCAGCGUUUCCAGGGACAAUGUUUUAAUGGUAGGGGAAGGCAUGGAAGAGGCCCCUGGUCAUGGCAGAGCAGCACCAGGCUACAGCCUGGCUCUUGCAGAGCUAGGAGCAAGCAGUGCAGAUGAUGAGAGGGGACUGCUGUCUCCAGGAGGUUUUCCAGACAAUGAAAAGGAAAGUCAAGAUACUGUUUUGAGUGAACUCAGCUCCAGUGAGAACACCUUCAUCAUCCUGUCCGUGGUGCUGCUCAUCCUGCUCCUCCUGUCCCUCGUCACCUCCACAGCCCUGGGUGUCAGGUACUACAAGCUGCUGGUGAGAACAGGUAACAGAGAAGCAGAGGACAUGAGAGACAGACCAGAGGACACAGCACAGCCUGGCAGCACUGGGAGGAGGGAAAGUUCUCAGGAUGACAGCAAAGGGUCAGGAUACAUCAACCUGGAUGUGCAAUCCCACCCCAUCCUCGAGGAUCCUCUUUACUGCAACGUGGAACCGAGUCAGGCUCACAGGAACCCCCAGUGCGUGGAAUACGCCGUCAUCGCCUUCAACCAGUCCCCAGGGAGCGGCAGGGAAUGAAGCACAGCAUCCCAAACAAGCCAGAAAUGGGGAAAGGAACAGGAAUAGAGUGGGAAUGGGGAGUAGGAGGUGUGUGGAUGGAUGAGCUGAGUUUUGCUGCCGUGUGUGUGGUGUUGCCUGAGCAUUGUUAGCUCUCCCUCCUGUCUCGGGGCCAAGCAGAGGUUUUGCUACACUCAUGGCAGAUUGCCUGG